AUGACCUACACCACAUCCGCAUCCGUGCCUACGUCCACGUCCACCAUCUCCAUCUCCAUCUCCCCUCCGCCAAAAGGAGCCCCCAAGCCGCAAGAGGAUGGAGACGAGAAGCAGUCUUCUCCCCGCUCCCCAGGCCGGGACAGCACCAGCCGCUACAGGCGCCGGUCGCUGGCACACAUCGCCCUGCUUGACACACAGGCCUCGUGCUCCUCCAGCUCGGCUACCUCGCGGUCCCCGCCCCCGACCCUAGUGCUGCCGCCCGACACUGACACGCUGCCGAUCCUCAGCCCGACCUCCCAGUCGCACUUCGAGGCCUACAGCCCGGACAAGCCCUACUUCCCGGGCCAGUCCAAGAGCCUCGCCGGCAUCGCGCUCCGCGCCUUCUGCCUGGGUGCCGCUCUCGCCGUGGGCGUCAUCGGCACGGCUCUGGUCCUCGCCACGACGUCCAGCCCGCUGUGGCGGCUCCCUUUCUUCCUGGCCUCGCUUUCGGCGUUCCACUUCCUCGAGUUCUGGACCACGGCCGCCUACAACACCCGCGAGGCCGACGUCUCCUCCUUCCUGCUGACCGCCAACUGGCCCGCCUACGCCGUCGCCCACUCGGCCGCCUCGCUCGAGUGCCUCGUCACCAGCGUCUUCUUCCCGGCGCGGUCCUGGGCGCCCUUUGGCACGGGGCCUCUGCUCAUGCUCCUCGGCAUCUCCCUCGUCCUCGUCGGCCAGGUCGUCCGCAGCGCGGCCAUGGUCCAGGCGGGGCCCAGCUUCAACCACAUCGUCCAGCAGACCCAGAAGCGCGAGCACAUCCUCAUCACCACCGGCAUCUACGGCACCCUCCGCCACCCCAGCUACUUCGGCUUCUUCUGGUGGGGGCUGGGCACCCAGCUGGCCAUGGGCAACGUCCUGUGCUUCUUCGCCUACGCCGCCGUGCUGUGGCGCUUCUUCUCCAGCAGGAUCAGGCACGAGGAGGUCUUCCUGGUCAGGUUCUUUGGGGACGAGUACGUCGACUACAAGAAGAAGACGGGGACCAAGAUCCCCUUUGUGCCCUAG